AUGAAGGCUCAGCUUCAGGUUCCAAGCUCAAUCCCUUCUCUCCUUGGCCCAACCAAGACCCUGCUAGAGGAUCACACAAACCACCAUCAUAAAGAAUAUACAAACAAGCCCCCAGUAUGUUCUCAAUCCAUCCACCCUUGCCGUUCGGCAAGGGUUGAGCGGAAUGAAAGGAGAGCCCCAACAAAGACUUACCUCAACGCAAACCCAGCUCCAAUCCUUCUUCCAAGGCGCAGCUCAAAUUUCGGAGCCCAACUCCUUCCUUCCUUGCCAAACGGCACCUAA